CAUCGUGUAGAACCAAAAUGGCAGCUGUUGUAUUUUGACGUAUAAAAGCUAGCUACUUUUCUUUUUGUUUCAUUCUUGUUCGUAAAUAAGCAAAACGAGAGACUUUUUUUUUUUUUUUUUUUGGAGGAACCGUAUCUUUACAACCCUCCGUAACACCAGUUGUCCUAGUUUUUAUCUUGAAGACAAUCAGGACGGACACAUAUUUUGUUGAACGAGUUAGACUAUGCAUAUUUAGGUCUAACACUGGCUAGCUUAGCUGGCUCUGGCCGGCUCACAGUAAAGCUGCUGAAAGUGAAACAGCUAACUUGGCUGCGAUGGAGGAGUUGAGCGCAGAUGAGAUUCGCCGAAGGCGAUUGGCACGACUGGCAGGGGGACAGACAUCACAGCCCAGUACCCCUCUCAGCACACCCCUGACAUCCCCACAGAGAGAAACUCCCCCUGGACCCCUCCCUGGACCCUCAGGUGCUGCAUCCCAGCCCCUGCCACCAGCUGCCUCUCAAUCAUUGGGGUUAAAUGUCCACAGUGGUACCCCUGCCACAUCCCCCAUGGGCACUUCUGGGGUGGCAUAUGGUAGUCAGAGCAGUGAGGGUGUGAGCUCCCUCUCCAGCUCCCCCUCCAACAGCCUGGAGACUCAGUCCCAGAGCUUGUCCCGAUCGCAGAGCAUGGACAUUGACACUGCCUCCUGUGAAAAGAGCAUGUCCCAGGUGGAUGUUGACUCAGGGAUCGAGAACAUGGAGGUGGAGGACAGCGAUCGAAGGGAGAAGAGGAACUUGACUGAAAAGGACAUAUCGGCAAACUCGGAUGUCUCAGAAGAACAGGCUCUGCAGCUCAUUUGUAAGAUCCUCCGUGUAUCGUGGAAGGAGCAGGAUAGAGAUGUCAUCUUUCUCCCUUCACUGGCUGCAGAGUUCCACCAGAACCCUAAAGAUGUAUACUCCGACUUCAAAGACCUGAUCGGUCAGAUCCUCAUGGAAGUCUUAAUGAUGUCCACACAGUCUCGUGUCCAAAACCCCUUUGCUAGCUUAACCGCCACCUCUCAGCCAAUUGCAGCAGCCAAAUCCCCCGACCACCGUCUGACACUGGUGCAGCCCUCCAGUCAAGGUGGCAGCCCCAUGGGCCCCAGUGCAGGAUCCUUUGGAGCCAGCUCUCUUUCCAGUCUUGGUGCAUGUGGAGGGUCGAUGUCCUGUGACUCAGCCAGCGACCGCUUCACUAUUGAAACUUGCAAAGAGACAGAGAUGCUGAACUACCUCAUUGAGCGUUUUGACAGUGUUGGCAUGGAGGAGAGAAAAGCCCCCAAGGUAAAGAUGUGUAGCCAACCGAAUGUCAGCCAGCUUCUCAGCAACAUUCGCUCUCAGUGUAUUUCCAAUGUGGCCCUGGUCCUGCAAGGCACACUGACCCAGCCACGGAGUCCUCUUGAGCAGUCUUUGCUUGUACCCUACAUGCUGUGCCGGAACCUUCCUUAUGGCUUCAUUCAAGAGCUGGUGCGCAUUACCCACCAGGAGGAAGAGGUGUUUAGACAGAUCUUCAUCCCCAUCCUGCAUGGACUUGCUCUUGCAGUGAAAGAAUGUUCCUUUGACAGUGACAACUUUAAAUUCCCUCUUAUGGCAUUAGCUGAGCUUUGUGAAAUCAAGUUUGGCAAGACUCACCCAGUUUGUAGUUUGGCAACGACGCUGCCUCUCUGGUGUCCCAAACCUCUGAGCCCUGGCUGUGGAAGAGAGAUCCAGAGACUGUCCUACUUAGGCGCUUUCUUCAGCCUCUCUGUGUUUGCUGAGGAUGAUGCCAAAGUAGGAGACAAGUAUUUCUCUGGGCCAGCUAUCACUAUCGAGAACACACGAGUUGUCAGCCAAUCAUUGCAGCAUUACCUGGAGUCUGCAAGGGGUGACUUGUUUAAAAUUCUUCAUAACAUCCUGCUAAAUGGAGAAACCAGAGAGUCAGCUCUUAAUUACAUGGCAGCUUUAGUCAACUACAAUGUGAAGAAAGCUCAGAUGCAGACGGAUGACAAGCUGGUGUCUGCAGACGGCUUCAUGCUCAACUUCUUAUGGGUGCUGCAACAGCUGAGCAUGAAGAUCAAGCUGGAGACAGUGGACCCCUACUACAUUUUCCAUCCGCGGUGUCGCCUGGUUGUCAGCUCGGAGGAAACUCGUCUGAAAGCCACCAUGGAGGAGCUCAAGUGCUGGAUAACUGAACUGCACGAAGACCCUACUAAGUUCUCAGAGCCCAAGUUCCCUACAGAGUGCUUCUUCUUGACGUUGCACACCCACCACUUGUCCAUCCUACCUGGCUGCAGACGCUACAUUCGCAGGUUGCGAGCCAUACGAGAACUAAAUAGGACUGUAGAGGAGCUGAAGAAUAGUGAAAACCAAUGGAAAGAUUCUCCCCUGGCUAGUAGACACAGAGAGAUGCUCAAGCGAUGCAAAACCCAGCUUAAGAAACUGGUGCGAGCCAAAGCUUGUGCUGACGUGGGCCUUCUGGAUGAAAACCUGCUCCGCAGAUGUCUGCAGUUCUACAGCACUGUCAUUCAGCUCAUUCUCCGCAUGGUGGAUUCUGCCUACCCCAACAUUAUGCUGCCACUGAACCCUGAGAUUCCCAAAAGCUUUGCUGCUCUGCCUGAGUUCUACAUUGAAGAUGUGGCCGAGUUUCUCCUUUUUGUCGUGCAGUACUCCCCCCAGGUUUUAUAUGAGCCCUGUGUACAGGACAUUGUCACCUUCUUGGUGGUGUUCAUCUGCAGCCAGAACUACAUCAGGAACCCCUACCUUAUUGCCAAGUUGGUGGAGGUGCUGUUUGUAACCAACCCUGCUGUACAGCCUCGUACUCAAAGAUUCUCUGAAAUGAUGGAGAACCACCCGUUGUCUAUCAAACAGCUGGUCCCUGCCCUCAUGAAAUUCUACACUGAUGUUGAGCAUACCGGCGCCACCAGCGAGUUCUACGAUAAGUUCACGAUAAGGUACCAUAUCAGCACUAUUUUCAAGAGUCUUUGGCAGAACCUGGCCCACCAUGGCACCUUCAUGGAGGAAUUCAAUUCUGGCAAGCAGUUUGUGCGCUACAUCAACAUGCUGAUAAACGACACCACCUUCUUGUUAGAUGAGAGCCUCGAGUCCCUGAAGCGUAUCCACGAGGUUCAAGAAGAGAUGAAAAACAAAGAGCAAUGGGAACAGCUGCCCAGGGAGCAGCAGCAGAGCCGCCAGUCUCAGCUGACUCAGGAUGAGCGGGUGUCUCGCUCUUAUUUGGCCCUGGCUACAGAGACGGUUGAAAUGUUUCACAUACUCACCAAGCAGGUCCAGAAGCCUUUCCUCAGGCCUGAACUUGGACCUCGUUUAGCUGCCAUGCUGAACUUUAACCUUCAGCAGCUCUGCGGACCUAAGUGUCGCGAUCUGAAGGUGGAGAACCCAGAGAAGUAUGGCUUUGAGCCCAAGAAGCUUCUAGACCAGCUAACUGACAUCUACCUGCAACUAGACUGUGCCCGCUUUGCUAAGGCUAUUGCAGAUGACCAGCGGUCGUACAGCCGCGAGCUCUUUGAAGAGGUGAUAUCAAAGAUGAGGAAGGCUGGUAUUAAGUCCUCAAUUGCCAUUGAGAAAUUCAAGCUGCUUUUGGAGAAGGUGGAGGAAAUAGUCGCCAAGAACUCCCAGUCUGAAAUGGACUACAGUGACGCACCUGACGAGUUCAAAGACCCUCUCAUGGACACACUGAUGACCGACCCUGUGAUUCUGCCUUCGGGGAACAUAAUGGACCGAUCCAUCAUCUUGCGCCACCUCCUCAACUCCCCCACUGAUCCCUUCAACAGGCAGCCGCUCACAGAGAGCAUGCUGGAGUCAGUCCCUGAAUUAAAAGAGAGGAUCCAUACCUGGAUGAGAGAGAAACAAGGCGGACGUCUUGUCUAAGGGCCCUUCUCUACCAGCAUCUGCCCUGCUAACCAUCAUCAAGAGAUUUGUCCAGAACGCCUGAAUUCAGUGUCACUACAACAAAUGACAAGCAACAACAUUUUGAGGGGAAAAAAGGAGACCUGAUUUGAUUUUUAUUCGCAUUUACCCUUUUUGUCUCAAACCAUUAUCAUGGUUCUAAAAACAAAAUAUAAUAAAGUUAAGACUUUUAAGUUUUUCUUUCUCAUGAGUUUGUGUAUAUAUAACAAAAUAUAUACAUAUAUUUAACUAGAGUUGGUAAAUGCAUUAUAAUGCUGCAAGUUUCCACCACCAACGGAUUUACCAGCGAGGUGCAUUCACUUCAUUGAUCAUUUUCCUUAAUGGUUCUCAUUUUGUUUUUUAAUACUGUGUAUGUUCAUCAAACACUUAAAAGGGAGAGGGAAGGGUCAUACAUUUGGGAGAGUGCGGGUGGGUUCGGAUACAUUUAUUAGCCCUAAUUUUAAUUAUCAAGACUGUGAGAAUUAUGAACUUGAGUCCUCGUAAUGUAUGCUGGUGUCCCAGAAGUAACGGAUGCACAGUUUGUGCUCGUAGACUAAGUUCAGACUUGGGAAUAUCCAUUAAGGAUGUAGCUAAAUGUAUAACUAACCUUAAUGUCAGCUUAAUUUUGAGUACAGUAGGAAGAUAAGCAGUGGUUUUCCAGAAUACAGUAUGUUCGGUUGUUCAUUUUAAGUCACAUUUUCCCUGCUGACUUUGAUAGACUGAAUUUACUUCUUGUGUGUGUGUGCAUGGCCUCAAGUGCAGACUCUCCUAAGCGCCUCAUGGACAAAUUCACCCUCUUUAGGCAGAGUGGAAGGAACAUGAGAGAAUGUAGCAUGACCACAAGUAACACCUAUGUAGGAGCACACCAUUAAAAGUUUGCUCUUCAGAAUCACUGACAUCUCACCUCAAAUGGUCUCUUUCAAAUGGCACUGUACCUAACCUGACCUUGCUGACCUUAACUGUACAGGAAAUUAAUCCUUUAUCCCCACACCUGUUUUGGAAGCUAGGAUUUUGAACUGAAAUAAAUGAUGAUGCACAUUA